AUGGGCAGCCUGCUGAGCGGGGUCAGCGUCAAGGAGCCCGCCACGGUGGAGGACUGCGACUCCACCUGGGAGACGGACUCCGAGCCCGAGCUGCAGGACCCAGGCGGGGACCAGCAGCAGGAGGCGGUCGGCGGGGAAGAGCCAGCCCCGGAACCGCCGGCCCCGCUCCCUGCUGCAAGCGCCCGGCCCGAGGAGACCCAGCAGGAAGGGGAAGAGGUGGAAGGGGGCCGAGAAGCAGCAGCAGCCCCCGGCCCUGAGCAGAGUGAUGAUGCAACUGAGCUGACAACGAAACCAAAGAGGAGCUUUUAUGCAGCAAGAGACUUGUACAAGUAUCGACACCAAUAUCCACAGAACUUUAAAGAUCUCCGGUAUCAAAAUGACUUGUGCAAUCUCCGAUUUUAUAAGAAUAAAAUUCCCUUUAAACCUGAUGGAGUUUACAUUGAAGAAGUCCUGAAUAAAUGGAAGGGAGACUAUGAAAAAUUGGAACAUAAUCACACUUAUAUACAGUGGCUUUUUCCACUUAGAGAACAAGGUUUGAAUUUCUAUGCUAAAGAAUUAACUACAUAUGAAAUAGAGGAAUUCAAGAAAACAAAAGAAGCAAUUAGAAGAUUCCUGUUGGCUUAUAAAAUGAUGUUGGAGUUUUUUGGAAUAAAACUAAUUGAUAAAACAGGAAAUGUAGCUCGAGCUGCUAAUUGGCAAGAAAGAUUUCAACAUUUGAAUGAGUCCCAACACAACUACUUAAGAAUCACUCGCAUUCUGAAAAGUCUUGGAGAGCUUGGAUAUGAGAGUUUCAAAUCUCCGCUUGUAAAAUUUAUUCUCCAUGAAGCUCUUGUGGAAGACACAAUUCCCAACAUUAAGCAAAGUGCUUUGGAAUAUUUUGUAUAUACCAUUAGAGACCGAAGAGAAAGGAGACAGCUCCUGCGAUUUGCCCAACAACAUUACACACCUUCAGAGCAUUUCAUCUGGGGACCACCAAGAAAACAGAAGUUGGAGGGAAACAAAACAGGUAAAAAGCCAACAUCCCCAGUUUCUUCUCACAAUAGUUACAUUUCUAAACAUAAGAAAUGGAGAGAUUCCAAGAAUACAUCCAUAACUGGUAGCUCAAGUAGCAAAACAGCUGAAGAAAAAAAGGUAGAACUCACAAGAAAUGGAGAAAAAAACGACCAGUGUGGAACAGAAACCAACUGUGAAGCUGCUAAGCAGAGCAACAGUGAAAAGAACAGUGAUACUGAAAGUCAAAAUUCCAAAUCAGAGGAAGCUCUCAAUUCGUCAGACAAAAAGGAGAACAUUUCUCAUUCCAAAAAAGAUAAGGGAAAAGAUGGCGAAAAUCUGAGCCAAGAUUGUGGAAAUCCGACAGUUAUAGAGACAGAGCCAUGUGACAGUGAGAACUGUUCAAAUAAUAUAUCAGCGGACGUGCAAGACAACCUAGGUCAGGUUAAACCUCCAGUGGAAUCCACCAUAAAGAACAAAGAUGAGAUACAAUCAUGA